UCGAUAGCUUUGGUCUGUUGUCAGUAGGAAGUGGUAUUGUGGGUGUAUGUUGUGUCAGAGGUGCGGUUAUUUUGUGAAAUUUGCAUUGAAUUUAGUGUAAAAGUUGUUAUGACAUCACCAGCAACAGUUCAGUACAUACAGUUCAUCUUCAAGUUCGCUACAAUUACGAAAACUGACUGGAGCUCGCGCCGCUAGUGAUGAACCGGACGCAGCUUCACCAGCGCGGUCGUUCUCGCCGCCGCAGUUAGCCGCUGCUGGACAUGCAACCGCCUCUCCUUCCAGCCCAACCGUGUUCGCAGGAGGCUGACCACUGCAGUGACGAGGUUGCUGCUGACACUGCUCCUGUCACUUCAGCUGACGCUCUUGUCACCACCGCCUCUGCUGCUGUCAGUUCUCCUGUCAAAGAACAACAGCUGUUAGCUGCCGAAUCCCCGAAGCUUUCUCCAAGCACUCCUCUGCCUAAACAUAACAUCCUACAGACUCCUGACGACUCGUGCCUCACUCCUCACGAUACUCACACUCUUCACCCUCAAGACUCGACACACUCCAUUCCUGAUCUCCCCCAAAACUCUGUGCCAGAGUCACCAACUCCUAGCAGUCCUUCCGUUCAGAGUUCUAGCUCCGCUAAUUCUCCUGCUACAACUCCGAACGCCACUGCCUCCCCUGCAUUUAACGCUGCUGCCUCUCUUGUUUCUUCCCCUCACAACGCCUCUCCCUCUCCUGCCUCACCAAACACGUCCUCCUCCUCCCCAUCUCCUCCUCGCGUAGCGAGUGCCUCACCGCAUUAUUCCCCCAUCACUUGUGAUGCGCCAGGAAAUCAAGCCCCAAUUAUUAUCAGCUUCGGCGCUCCUGUGUCGUGUUCUGAUGUUCGGUUCGCGGCAGUAGGUUCCUCUCCCGUGACUUGUAUUUCUUCCGCGUCAGGGGCGACCAUUUUGACAUCUCUUGCUCCAACCUUCACAUCUGUUGGUCCUGUUGCCACAUCAGCGACGUUCACCGCUGGCGCUACUCCGGGGUCCAUCUCCUACAAGGUCUUGCCGUCAACAGCCUCGCGGGUGACCGCUCUACAAAGCAACACUGCGCCGUCCUACGUUACCUACACGAGUCCUGGCUCGUUAUUGAGUUCUUUCGUUCCAAGACCUGCGUCGGCUUUGUCGGUCGCUGCAGGUGUCAGGUCUCCUCUUCGGGUCGCCGCUCCUCGCAUUGCCAUGUCUCAGGUUAUGACUCCCCAGCCUGCCCAGCCCCAGCAGGCGCCACCCCAGUCCCCACACCAAACCCCCACUGCAAUCACUCCUCAGUCUUCACAGCAUUUCUACGUGCAAGCUACGAUGACUGGUCCCGCCAUGAGCAUCUCUGCCCCGCCCGCGAUCGCCCCCGCGCCGCCCCCACAGACGACACCCUCGUCCACCACCACCACAGCGGGGCAGCAGCACCACCAGGCCACCUUACCCACCCUGCAGCAGCAACUGCAGCACCUACAGCAGCAGCAGUUGCAGCAACCCCUGCAACAACCUCUGCAUCCUCACCAGAUCCAUCACACGGCUGUCUCUCCGUCAGCCAUGGCUCAAUUUUCGCCGCAACUGCAAGUGAUUCAGUCAUCACUGCCAGCACCGUCAUACAACCUGACGCAGUUGUACCAGAACGCUCAGGGUCAGCUCAUCAUGCCUGGGGGCCUGGCCCUGCAAAGCAUGCCUGGUAACGCCACGCAGUCCACCAUCAGUCCUGCGCAGGCCAUGCAGCCUGCGCUCAACGCCGGCCAGCACAUUCAGGUAAUCACGGCGGGAGGGAAGGCGACGGCGUUCAAUGGUCAGCUGACGGCAGCGGGCACCCACAUGCUGACGACCGCUCAGCUGCCCACCGCGCAGCCUGGCAAGGCCGCCACCGCCACCCAGCAGGUCCUGCACCAGUCACAAGGCUACAGCCAACACAGCUUGCUCAGCUCGGGCUCCCAGACGCUGCUGCUCAGCUCUCCUAUCAGCCAACAGCCCACGAAUAUCUUGCCUGCCGCUGCUGCUCAACCCAACACAGCUGCGGCAACCCACAAGCACCAGCACGACCACAUGCAGAAGGUGACCCAGGUGAGCACCGCCUUCAGCCCAGGCGUCCAGGGCGGCCUCACCUGGGCUGGUCUCCAGAACCCUGCCGUGCUCGCUGCUGCUGCAGCUGCCGCCCAGCACCCGCAGCAACAUCAACAGCAACAGCAACAGCUGCAACACUCGCAGCCAUCCAUCAUCUUCCGUAACGCACAAGCUGGGCCUCAAGACAAUGGCGUCUACAUCCCAAAUCCAGUUCAUUCUACCAGUCCUGCUAACAUCCAGCCCAAGGUGACGAUGAGUAGCAAUGGCAACGCUGCUGCUAUGCGGCCACCCCUGCUGCCGGCAUCACUGCAGCCCCAGCAGCUACACAUGACACACACUCUUGGUCAGUCAGUGAGCGUGUCGGGUGUGGUGCCGGUCUCUGCAGGUCAGCAACAACAGCUGGUGACCCUCCAGCAGCACCAACAGCAGCAACAGCAGCUCAUACGACCUAUAGCUUCUGCUAGUACACAAACGGGCGUGAGCGGGCAGACGGGCAAGCAUCAGGUGAGAAAUGGGAAAGUCGCUCGUAAGAAUCAGCGCACAAACAACUCAAACAGCACAAACGUGAACAGCUUGGCGCUAACAGGGAGCAACAACAGCAUCAGCACCAGCCUCCCCAUCAUCACCGCUACUGGAGCUAUCACCAAUUCAGCCUUGGUCACAAAGGGCGUUCAAAUACAACCCAUGCCAUCCAUUGGACAGCAUCCUAAUCAAAUAAAACCCUUGGCUCCUCUGACGCCUUCAUCGAGCGGGCCUAUCCCUGCUGGCUUGCCACAGUUGGUGCGUAUGCCACAUAGCCACGCCGGCGGUCUGAAGACCACAGCCAUGGCCUUAACCAACGCCACGGCGACCCUAGGCGCCCUCGUCGCCACGAGCACGUCCACGCCGCAGCAGUUCACGAGUAACACUAACACCACGUCCAUCAUGGUGGCUCCUCAGCCCGCCACGGCGUACGUGUUGCCUUCGUCCUCCGUGGGGGUGGCCGUGAGUGCCACGCCUGCCACGAGCGUGGGGGGCGUGUUGACGGCCGCCAGUGCGGGCGGUGUGCUGACCGCGGCCAGUGGGGCGCCUCUGUACACACAACUAGCCCCUACACAGCAGAUCACGCUACAGCAACAACAACAGUUCCAGCAUCAGUUUCAGCAACAACAACAACUGCAUUUUCAGCAGCAGCAACAUGCUGCUGCGGUCGCUCAGCAGCAGUCUCAACUGCAGCAACUGCAUCAACAACAACAGCAGCAGCAACAGCUGGCAUUACAAUCCCAGCAGCUCGGGCUUCAGCCCAUCGCGCCAGCGUUGAUGUCUCAGCAGCCAUCGCAGCACAUCACAUUGCAGCCUGUCUCAAGCCAAGCUCCUGGCACUACUGCUGUGUCGCAGCAGUCACACCUACAGCAGCAGCAGCAGCUGCAGCAACAACAUCAACUGCAACAACACCAACAGCAGCAAGCAGUUGCCAAGCUCCAGCAAGCACAACCGCAGGCAAUAUCAGCGCAAACGAUUUCAAACAUGGCGACUACGUCUCUGAACGGUAGCGCGGUGGCCUCAAGUGCUGCUCAGACUGUCAGUAGCAGCAGCAACGUCGUCAGCAAUAAUGCUUUCCCUGAGAACACCGGCAUGUCUGCAGAGGCCAACUGUGCAUCCGAGAAUGGCGAUGCGCGCAGCAGCGGCGCAUCCACACCCGUGAGCUCGAGCAGCUCUGGCACGAAGACGCCCGUGCCUGAAGCAGGGGCGACCAAGAUUCACUCUGCCGCCCUAUCGUCCCCCGUCGCGCCCUCGUCGGGGGCCCCUAAAGCCAUCGUUAAACCGCAGGUCCUAACUCACGUCAUCGAAGGAUUCGUCAUACACGAAGCUUCGGAGCCGUUCCCGGUGUGCCGCAGUUCUCUGUUAUCGGACCUCAACGGCGUCAAGGUGAACGGUAAAGUCCCGAGUGAUGGCAGUAACCGCGUCAGCGUCAACGGCACAGCACAUCUCGAGUCUGAACUCCAGCUAGACAGUAAAUGUCCCUCCUCAUCAGCUGAGCUUCCUAAUGGACAAGCUGCUUCUCCUGGCAAGCUUGUCGACGUUGGCAGCGGCCGGUGCGAGGCGUGCGGCAAGCCUGUGGACGGCGCGCUGUGUAAGAGCGGAGCCAAAACCAAACUGAGCAAGAACAAGCGCUUCUGCAGCGUCGCCUGCAGCAGGAAGAUAACGAGCGGCCAGCAGAAACGAGCGCUCUCAAGCAGCAGCCCUCGACCCGACGGCGGCAGCGACGCCACUAAACGCUUCAAGGAGGACCUCGCAGCAACGGCUCCUCUCAGCGCACGUACUGAGGUAGAGCCAAACAAGUCACAUCCCCAAUCAUCCGCAGUCUCACCUCGUCUCCAGUCUCCAGCUCAGCCACUAAUGACAAACUCUCCUGCCGGUGCACUGACUCCACUAAUCGUGCCACCUCUUGGUGGUAUAGUGCCACCUCCUAACCCAGUGCCUCUUGGUACUCCUGGCGUCGUAGCUCCUAUGCAGCUUACGCCUGCCAUGCCGUUGGCACCUGAGCAUUUACCGCCUCAGGUUCUGCCUCCAGUGCAGCCCGUUGUUGGUAUCACAAAUACGGCCGUCGCUGCGGGUCAGGCGAUUUUAUCAGCUGAAUGCAAACGCGAUUCUUCGGCUCCAUCGCCUGUUCUCAUGGAUCAGUCGACACCCACCAAGCGUGUUGGUGGUGGCCCGGCCAAUUAUUUAACAACGGACAUCCCCCAGUGGACGGUCCAAGACGUGGUGCAGUUCAUUCUUAACCUGCCAGGUUGUCAAGAUUACGCUGAGGAUUUUGAGCUCCAGGAAAUUGAUGGUCAAGCGCUCAUGUUACUGAAAGCCGAUCACCUAAUGAACGCCAUGAGCAUCAAACUCGGUCCAGCUCUGAAAAUUUGUGCAAAAAUUGAAGCCAUGCGAGGCGAGAAAUCUUCGCCUCAGCCUGCGCCUCAAUGAUGAACGUACAAACAAUUUGUAUCUUGAUAAUUUCUCUGUUCUUAAGUGGACGAGCGUGCAAUAAGGCGGCUUUGAGCAGCAUUUAGCGCAAUCAAUAAGACGAGUGUUAAUGCUCUAUUUCCUCACAAUGUCUUAAGUCUCAAACAGUGAAUAUUUUCAUUGUAGUUGUAAAAGCCGGCGAUUUAAACGUGAUGUAAUUACGAGCUAUGCUAUUUCUGUGCAGAACCUAAUGUAAAAAUUAAUAAUCUUGACUACUUAUUUUAUUUAUUUGUGCCUACUUUUUUGAAAACUAGGCAAGCGGUUUGUGGAUGGCGAGUGUACUUUUCUUUUAAUUUAUUCGUGGCUCCCUACAUCGCUGCAGUUUAGUUUCUUAUCACGUUGGGAUUUGGUUGUAAGCUUGAAAAUAAUUUUUUGCCCAUUCGUUUGCUCAUAUGACCAAGUUGUAAAACUUCCAUUCCCGCAUCAACGAAGAGUGGUAUGAAAAAAAUUUGUAUUCGUCGACCAUCUGAAAUUUUUUCAGUAUCAAAUAAAACGUGACUGCUUUGAUCCAUGUCAAAAAUUCAUCGUUCUGAGCUUCUUACUUUAUAAUAUUGACAUCAUCAUACUAUAGGGCGAUAAUUCUUUAAAAAAAGUGUUAUUUGCUGGUCUUAAGCUCUUGAGGCGAUCAAGUUUUAUUGGUGUGAACGACUUGCCGUAAAAAUUGUUGGUGAAGUUCAAGGAAGAAUGAGGGUCGCCACAAUUACUAGCAAGAAUUGAGGUUAGUUUUGUUCCCGUAGAUUAUUCAUUAGUUUUAUUCGUUUUGAGGUCUUUGAAGUGAUGCUGCUUGCAAACGAUUUUGUCUUUUUUUUUUGUUUUUUUUUU